GUGAUAUCUAUAUUUUGAAGUAAUGAAUGUGUGCAAUUCCCUUCCCAUUUCAGAGUCAAGUCCUUAUCCCUAACACACUGAAUUCCCUCUCAAUUAUAGGAGUACAUCCCUUUCAAUUUCACACCUAUAUAUUUGACAUCUCUCCAUCAACAUAAUCAAGAUUAUAGAAUGCCUCGCCCUCUCACCCACUUCUGCUCCCUUCACAACCCUAAACUCAACCCAUGGAGUGAUGAGUAUGCGGGAAAGAGAGAGACGGCGAGAUGGAAUCCGACGCCGGAGCAAGUGCAGGCUCUUGAAGAGAUGUAUCGGCGCGGAACACGAACGCCGUCUGCUGAACAAAUCCAGCAGAUUGCAGCCAAGCUGAGAAGAUUUGGAAAUAUACAAGGCAAGAAUGUGUUUUAUUGGUUUCAAAACCACAAAGCAAGAGACAGACAGAAGAAACGUCGUCAGCUUGGACUCUUACCUCCCACAAAACAAUCAGAAUUAAGCAGGAAAUACUUGGAAAUAGAGCAUCCUAAGAAAGUGGCUACAGUGUCAAAUUCCAUCACAGCUUCAAAGUACUAUGGAGGAGGAGAGGUGGAAGAAUGUAAGAGUGAGAGGUGGGCACAAUUGGAAUUGCAGCAACAGAGUGCAACAUCAAAUAGUUCAGACACCAGCCGCAGAGUAGCAUUGGACUUGUCUUCUUCAUGCAUCCCUCCCAAUAAUAAAAUUAUUCACAAGAGCCAAGAAAAUGGCUACCCCUUGAUUGCACCCAACCUCUGCAAACUGCUUACCCCGAAGAAGAAUGAUGAUUUCGGAGAAAAUCCAACUCUCGAGCUCUUUCCAGUGAGUGGAAACAGUUUGAAUUCGACUAAGGAAGAGUUAGAUGAUGUUUAUGCUUCAGCUAAAUUAGUUCCUACACAGUUUUUCGAGUUUCUUCCCACAAAAAACACUCAUGGUUAGGUUGUGAAGAAACAUGUGUUAUGUGUACCUUUAGUUUAUGCAGUAAUUUUUAAAGUUGAAAUUACA